GUUGACGCUGCUUGGAACUAUCCCGGGUGGCGUGCGCUUGAUACUCUCUGUAGAUGUCACAACUACGCGUCGCUUGCGUCAUAGCCGUGCGCCCAUUUGUCCCACGUUGGUGUGUUAUGAUGCCGGAAUUGGGUGCUGUGAGUGUGAGGGAUCCAAAUUCUGUUCUUCCUGAUGGGUUCUGGGCGGCCAUAGCUGUCUGGCUGGAAAAACCACAGGUGCUUAACAAGAGGCUGUGUGGAUCUAGCAUCCAGGAGACAUGGCAGGAAGGAGGAUGUGAGCCGGAGGAGCUGAGGGGCCUGCUAGACCUUCUCUCCGCUCUGUCCUGUCCGGGGGAGGAUGAGGAGAUGGUCGAUAUGAUAAGAGGCUACGGGGAGAGCGGAGCAGGCCUGGGCACCAGUAUUAUCCUGCGGACACUGAUCCCAAAGGCGAACCCACACUAUGCCUCAACUGCCCCCAAAAGAGAAGCAGUGAUCCAAGAUAUCCCCAACAGGCGUGUGACAUUUAUACCUUUGGAAGGGCCAAACCAGGGACAUUUGCAGGUGAAGAAAAAUAACAUUUAUCAAAUCCGUCUUGAACAUGUCAAAGAUGAUGAAUGGUCUAUCUCCCUCUUCGUGUUAUAUUCGGAAAGCUGGGAUGCUGAUGGAGUUGUAUAUCCUAAAGUUUCCUGGAUGAAAAAUGAGCUGCUUUCCCGGCUGACAAAGUGGUCCACAGAGGACAAGAAAAGUGAAUUCAAAAGCACCCUCUCCCUCGUUUCCGUAGAUAAAUAUAGCAAGCUUUAUCAGAGCCUCAAGGAGAAGUACAAAGAUAUGGUGAAGGUAUGGCCUGAAGUGACGGAUCCGGAGAAGUUUGUAUACGAGGAUGUGGCCAUUGCUACAUAUUUAUUGGUUCUUUGGGAAGACGAAAGAUUACAAAAAAAUCUGAAUGAAAAGCAGUCCUUUGUGGAUUUGGGAUGCGGGAAUGGACUCCUGGUGCACAUUUUGACCAAUGAAGGGCAUCGCGGUCGAGGCAUUGAUGUAAGAAGAAGAAAAAUCUGGGAUAUGUAUGGGCCAGAAACCAUUCUGGAGGAAUGUGCCAUAAUUCCCAGUGAUGAAUAUUUAUUUCCAGACACUGACUGGAUAAUUGGUAACCAUUCGGAUGAACUUACUCCGUGGCUUCCAGUCAUUGCUUCUCGCUCGUCAUACAGCUGCUGUUACUUUGUACUGCCGUGCUGCUUCUUCAGCUUCUAUGGAAAAUACAACAGGAAAUCGAGUAAGAAAACACAAUACAGGGAAUAUCUUGAUUUUGUAACUGAAGUUGGCCAUCGCUGUGGGUUUAACGUAGAAGAAGAUUGUCUCAGGAUUCCGUCUACCAAAAGGGUGUGUCUGAUUGGAAAGUCUAGAACAUACUUGGCAUCUCAAGAAGGAAUAAUUGAUCAAGAGAGAAAACAAUAUAUAAAGAGCCACUUUGAAGACAACAAAGGAUCUUCUUACAAAGCUUCUCCGUGUCAUCUGGAAACCAAAGGAAAUUGUAAUGGUCUUGUAGACCAUGCUGAUGAAAGUUCUACUACUUCUACUGCUGCCCGAGUGCAUCUGGAGCCAGAAAAUGGAGUUUGGCUAUCUGGUUUCCAGCCCCGCGAAAAAGUAGAACCCGUCCGGAACUGUGCCCUUCUCCCGAGGACUUUCAUAGACAAAGUAGUUUUGCAAGUAGCAAAUUUAUUGCUCAACUCUGAUGCAGAAGAAAAGACUGAAAAUAUUGUUGAUGCGUGGAAUAGAGGAGGAUGUGUUACGUUAAUGGAGGUAGCUGAACAUUUGGACAAAGAAACCUUGCAAAGGUUAAAAAAUGAAUGCGGGGGUUUACAGACUUUGCUAAGGAACAACCAUCAAGUAUUUGAAGUGAGGAAUGCAAAGGUUUCCAUUCGCGACUGGAGGCAAGAAGCAAAAACAGCCACUAGUCAGCGGAGAGCAGAAGCCAAAAGAAUUCUCCCCGCUGAUGUUUUGAAAACGCGGUUAUGUUGGUUUUACGUAAACCACCCCAGCGGCUGUCCUCGCGUGGCGGAUUCUUGUCCUUACGCUCACGGGAGUGAAGAGCUCCGACCCAGUUCCAUUACAAAAAAACAUCGCCACAAAUAACAUUUUCUGAUUUAUUUAUUCUUAUGUAUCUGUUUAGCAAAGCAAGGCUUUUGUUCUAAAUGAUUUGGCAUUUAAUUCUGACCUUCUUUAAUUAAAUAUCCUGACUCAGAAUGUGAGUCAGAGAAACUAAAUAACUUGUGUGAACCGUUUCACUAAUUAAACUACACAUUUACUUAA